AUGGUUGAUACGUCCAGCGAGGUGUACGCGGUCGUCUCGCUCUCGGGAGACCCGCGCUCCCGCCAACGCGUCGCCCCCGACCGCUCUGUCGGCCGCAACCCGACCUGGAACGCCACGGUCAGGUUCGCCGUGCCGGCCAACGCCGCGGGCUCCGUCCACGUGCUGCUCCGCGCCGAGCGCGCCCUCGAUGACCGCGACGUCGGCGAGGUCCACAUCCCGCUCUCCGAGCUGCUCUCCGGCGCUCCCGACGGCGCCGUGCCGGUCAAGUUCGUCGCCUACCAGGUCCGCAAGAUCGGGUCCGGGAAGCCCCAGGGGGUCCUCAACUUCUCGUAUAAGCUCGGGGAGGUGACACAGGGCCAAGCCGCUGGCGCCUAUGGUGGUGCGCAUCCCGCGUAUGGGCAGUCUCCGCCCGCCGCCGCAGCAUACCCGCCGCAGGGCGCGUAUCCUCCGGCCGACAAGGCCGACUCCUACGCGCCUCCGUCCACGUACCCACCGGCAGGUAACCCAUACCCGCCUCAAUCCGCGUACCCACAGUCGACCAAGGCCGACGGGUCAGCCGUCGAUGCCUACCCACCUCCCUCCGGCUACCCACCCGCAGGGAAGACUGGCGAGCCAUCCACCGCCUACCCCGCGCCCACCGGCUACCCACCCGCGGGGAAGACUGGCGAGCCAUCCACCGCCUACCCCGCACCCGCCGGCUACCCAACCUCAUCCUCACGAAAGCCAGUGAAGGCAGGCGAGCCAGUGACGGCCUACCUAGCGGCCGCCGCCGGGCCAAGCACCGCCGGUCCCUGCGGCGCCCCGCCCCCGCAGUACGGCUACGGGUACCCACCGCAGCAGCAGCUCGAGGUCGGCCAGGAGCAGCAACGGACUCACGGUUACGGGUACCCACCGCAGCAGCAGCUCGAGGUCGGAGAGGACUGA